GCCCCGGGCACAGGCUGGGCUCCGGACUGACCGACCACCCUGCGGGGCUCCGGGGCUGCUGCACCUCCUCGGGGCACCGCUGCCUGUGCCGAGCAGGGCUGGGGCACCAGGGACACCUCUGCCCGGCUGACGAGCACUGAGCCCCGGCUCCCCCGGACCUCCCCGCGGACCUCUGUGCCCCUUCACCCACCUCCGCAGCAUGCGGACACCGACAGCGAUGAUCGUGGGGCUGGUCCUGUGCCCCUGCGGACUCCUGCUGACGCUCACGGGCACACUGGCACCCAACUGGCGGCAGGUGAGCCUUAUACCCGACCAGCCCAUUGACCUCGUCACGGAGCAGGGCAUCUGGGACAUCUGCACGGAGCGCCAGAGCAGCCACAACCGCCUCUGCGGGCAAGCUGAUGAGCUGGGCUACUUCAAACAGGUGCCUGUGCAGGUGGCCCAAGGGAUGAUGCCCUCCUCCCUGGUGCUCACCCUCGUGGGCUUGCUGGUGGCUGCCCUGGGGGUUCGCUGCUGGCAGGAGGAGCCCCGGCACACGCUGGCUGGCGUGGCAGGGAUUGUGUUGCUCCUUUCAGGACUGCUGAGCCUUGUGCCUGCCUCCUGGUACACCCAUGAGCUGCGGGCACUGCCUGCACCGGCUGGCAGCACACUGGUUGUGGGCUACAGCUUGGUGCUGAGCUACUUGGGAAGCUGCUUUGAGAUCUUGGGGGGGCUGGCCCUUGCCCUCAGCUUCCACCACUGUUGCAAGAAGCUCAGGGCCCCCAAACUGCCCCCCAGCCCUGUGCUGGCGGUUGAGCCGUGCCCCACCACAGGGGCUUACCGCAAUCCCUGGGAUGUGUUGGAGGACGAGCGACAUGGACAGCAGUGGAGGAGCACCCUGCCUUGUGACUCUGACUUGUAGCCCCAGCACAAGGACAGCAGUGGGCACCGUACCUGCCUGGCACUGAGAGGAGCACUGGCUCCUGCCCCUCCAAGCCAUGUUCUUCUCUUGGGGUACCUCAGAGCAGGCUGGAAACGAAACCAAGGACUCGGCUUGAGUCUCUGCAACCUCCUCAAAAGCCUGCUGUGCUCCAGGUCCCUCAACUGUGCCAAAGCCGUGCUGGGCUGAGGAUCAGCCCUGGCUGCAGUCUCUCCAUGCAGCUUUUAGCUCAUCUUCCUGCACUGUG